GUGAUAAAAACUAUAGUUAAGUAUGUCAUGAGCGACGAAGUAAUUAAUAUUUUACUUGACUACAGUGUCGCUAGAACUGUUUCUCGUCAUGCAAUCGUAGUAUAUCAUUUACUAAAUAACAUUGCAACAUUUUCAUAUACUUCUAAAACGAUUGCAUGCGCAUGCCUGCUGUACGCGUUAAAAGAGCGUAACAAAACACAUUUAGUCAGUAAUUUGAGGGAGCUCCGUGGCACUUGCAAUGAUUGUGAGGUAGUAGCACUGGAACUGUUUUUGAUGCAAACUAUACGCAGAAAAAUUCUGUUGAUUGAAGGAUGCAUUCGUUUGGCAUUGAAAAAACUAGUUGAUUUGCAUCCAGAACUAGGCAAAUUUAAAGAGGAUUUGGUUUUGAUCGCCCUUUUUCUGACUGAAAGGCUUUACAAAAAAACUUACUGCCUUUGGCCAGAAAGCGCUGCCAUGGCGACUUUGAUUGCCGCUUGCAAUUUUCUUGCUCUUAGUCCAACAGGCUUAUCCGACAAGUUACAGACGCAGCAAGUUACAGAAAUGGUAGAUUUCCUGUCCACUAGUGUAUAAUUAUUAA